AAAAGAAUUUCUUUAUCGAGAUUAAUCCUCGAUUCUGAAAGUUCUUUCGCACACCCAGAGCUUAAAGGUGAGGGAGCUCCUCUUCAAUUUAUAGCAUUCAAAUUUCAUCUGGUUUCUUCGCAUGGCCCGAAUUCUAUCUCUAUCGCAAUCUUUCAUCUCCGCCAAGUUGCAAUCUGCGCCGUUGAAAUUAUCGCUGUUGAUUCCGUCUUCCUUUGUCCUCGGUCAUCGGAACCGAUCUACACGUUCCGGCAAGGUCAAGUUUAUCGAAAUUGACCUCGAAUCGUCUUCUUUCGGGGCUGAUUCAGAGGUUCUUGCUAUUAGGAAGCUGGACGACUUUGUACAGAAGAUUAUAGUUGAGCGAUCGACUCCGGAUUGGCUUCCGUUUGUUCCCGGUUCCUCAUUUUGGGUCCCUCCUCGCCGUAACAAACCACGCAAGGUGGUCGACCUGUUCGAUAAAUUGGUUGAACCGCUCACCAAAGAGGAGUCUCCUUCCCUUGCUAACGCCCGUGGUUGGCCCUGCUUGGAUUUCUUCGCCAAAGAGUCCAUCUCUGGAGCAACUCGAUUAGUUCCGGUAGACGGUGAAUUGGAAACUUCAAAUGAGUUGGAGUUAGAGAUUGAGGUGAAGACGCCAACAAGUACAGAUAACUCAAACCAGCCCGAGGAUUGAGAUAGAUGAACCUCAUACCUCAUCCACCAAUGCAGUUUGGGUCGGGUCAUUAGAUGGUUGUUGGAGAUGCGAGAGACCGAGUAGAGUGGAUAGUGAUGGUGACUAGAGGUCGAUGCCUUACAGAUGGUUCCAGUUUGACUGCUGUGGAAUUCACUUCCAUUUGCUUAGUCCCGACUGCCCUGUCUAUUUGAAGCCCACUUUACGCUCCCUCCCUAAACUAGUGGUUGUUUAUGUUUCGUUGUUUUUGGACUGAUUACUUUAGGAGCUCCAGAUUCACCAGCUUGUUAUUUAAAUGAAGUGAAUUCUCAGGAUCUUGUCGUCCCCUCCCAACUCUAUCUAUGCACAGACACAAUAAGAACUCUUCCUUAUGUAUGUAUAAAGUAACUGAUAAAAUGUUGUCCAUUUCAAGUGCCAGAAGAUUAAUCUCAGUUCGUAGUUGCAAUA